CCUCGCGCCCCCUUGGAGGAGGAGGAGGAGUAGAGGCGGGGGCGGGAACACGAGCAGAGGUGAGCAGGCCGCCCGAGAAUCCAUCCAGACUACGAGCGCAGUAGCCUCCGCCGCCGCCACCCUCGCCGCGUCACGGCUGCCGGCCCGCCCUCCUCUGGCCCCUCCUCCCCCCCAUCCGUGCUCCUCUUUUGCCCCCCCCUCCUCCGACCGUGCGGUGACUUAAGCAACGGAGCGCGGCGAAGCCCAUUUUUCUCCUUCCUCGCAGCCGCGCCGGGGAGUCCGCGGCGCGCGGCCCCCACACUCCGGCCCGAGAUGAACGCUGCGGCAGAAGCCGAGUUCAACAUCCUCCUGGCCACCGACUCCUACAAGGUUACUCACUACAAACAGUAUCCACCCAACACUAGCAAAGUUUAUUCCUAUUUUGAAUGCCGGGAAAAGAAGAUAGAGAACUCCAAAAUCAGGAAGGUGAAAUAUGAGGAAACAGUAUUUUAUGGGUUGCAGUACAUUCUUAAUAAAUACUUAAAAGGUAAAGUAGUAACCAAAGAAAAGAUCCAGGAAGCCAAAGAGGUGUACAAAGAGCACUUCCAAGAUGAUGUCUUCAAUGAAAAGGGAUGGAACUACAUUCUUGAGAAAUAUGAUGGACAUCUUCCAAUAGAAGUAAAAGCUGUUCCUGAGGGCUCUGUCAUUCCCAGAGGAAAUGUUCUCUUCACAGUGGAAAACACGGAUCCAGAGUGUUACUGGCUUACAAAUUGGAUUGAGACUAUUCUUGUUCAGUCAUGGUACCCAAUCACAGUGGCCACAAAUUCGAGAGAACAGAAGAAAAUAUUGGCCAAAUAUUUGUUAGAAACAUCUGGUAACUUAGAUGGUCUGGAAUACAAGUUACAUGAUUUCGGUUAUAGAGGAGUCUCUUCACAAGAGACUGCUGGCAUAGGAGCUUCUGCUCAUUUGGUUAACUUCAAAGGAACAGAUACAGUAGCUGGAAUUGCUUUAAUUAAAAAAUACUAUGGAACAAAAGAUCCUGUUCCAGGCUAUUCUGUGCCAGCUGCAGAACACAGUACCAUAACUGCUUGGGGGAAAGACCAUGAAAAAGAUGCUUUUGAACAUAUAGUAACACAGUUUUCAUCGGUGCCUGUAUCUGUGGUCAGCGAUAGCUAUGAUAUUUAUAAUGCAUGUGAGAAAAUAUGGGGUGAAGAUCUAAGACACUUAAUAGUAUCAAGAAGUAAAGAAGCACCACUGAUAAUCAGACCUGAUUCUGGGAAUCCUCUUGACACUGUAUUAAAGGUUUUGGAUAUUUUAGGUAAGAAGUUUCCCAUUACAGAGAACUCAAAGGGAUACAAAUUGCUGCCACCCUAUCUUAGAGUUAUUCAAGGGGAUGGAGUAGAUAUUAAUACUUUACAAGAGAUUGUAGAAGGCAUGAAGCAAAAGAAAUGGAGCAUUGAAAAUAUUUCCUUCGGUUCUGGUGGAGCUUUACUACAGAAGUUAACAAGAGAUCUCUUGAAUUGUUCCUUCAAAUGUAGUUAUGUUGUAACUAAUGGCCUUGGGAUUAAUGUCUUCAAGGACCCAGUUGCAGACCCCAACAAAAGAUCCAAAAAGGGCCGAUUAUCUUUACAUCGAACACCAACAGGGAAUUUUGUUACACUUGAGGAAGGAAAAGGAGACCUUGAGGAGUAUGGUCAUGAUCUUCUCCAUACUGUCUUUAAGAAUGGAAAGGUGACAAAAAGCUAUUCAUUUGAUGAAGUAAGAAAAAAUGCAAAGCUGAAUAUUGAACUGGAAGCAACACCUCAUUAAACUUUGUUUUAUGAAUGGGUUUGUGUGUGUGUGUAUGUGUUUACGUGCAUGCAUGCAUACACGUAUACACCUGUGUGUGUAUGAUACAUUAUGUCAGUUGUACAGAUGUAUGGGAUUUCUUGUGCUUAUGACACAUUACAGCCAAACUAUUUGUUGGUUUAUGGACAUACUGCCCUUUUUUUUUUCCAGUGUUUAAGUGAUCUCAAAUUAGGAAAUGCACUUAACAAUGUAAAAGAUUAUUGCUAAAGUAAGCUUUUUAGGGCCCUUUGCCAAUAGAUAGUAAUUCAAUCUGGUAUGGAUCUUUUCACAAACAACAGAACCAAGAGAAUUUUAUAUUAUAACUGAAGAUCACAUAAAACAGAUUUACAUAAAAUUAUCAUGAUUUCUUUAUGUUUAUAUUUAACUUGUAUUUUUGUACAAACAAGAUUGUGUAAGAUAUAUUUAAAGUUUCAGUGAUUUAACAAUCUUUCCAACUUUUCAUGAUUUUUAUGAGCACAGACUUUCAAGAAAAUACUUGAAAAUAAAUUACAUUGCCUUUUGUCCAUUAAUCAGCAAAUAAAACAUGGCCUUAACCAAGUUGUUUGUGUUAUUGUACAAUUUGAAAAUUAUGUCAGGAUAUACCCAGUAGAAUUACUAACCUCACUGCCCCUUGUAGAAUAUGUAUUAAUCAUUCUACAUUAAAGAAAUAAUGGUUCUUACUGGAAUGUCUAGGCACUGUACAGUGAUUAUAUACUUUGGUCAUUGUAUGUACCAGUGAAAUGCCAAAUUUGAAAGGCCUGUACUUCAGUUUUAUAUGUCAGAUAUUGCCUGUGGCUCUAUUAUGCACCUCAAGAUUUUAAGGAAAUGUUUUAGAGAGAAUUCUGCUUCCACUACAGAGUAUAUACGUAAAUGUAAAAUAUUGACAAAAGUGGAAGUAGUGUAUUUUAAAGUAAUUACAGUUCUGAAUUUAUUUUUCCUAUUCUAUAGUUGAUAUGACUUAAAGGAAUUACUGGAAUUGAUAGCGAGUGUACUUAUUUUAAAUGUUUUGGUUCUGUUAUAUUUUUCAUUAAGUUUUUUAAAAAUUAAAUUGGAUAUUAAAUUGUAUGGACAUCAUUUAUUAAUUUUAAAUUGAACUCACCAAGUGAUACUCAACCAAGUUCUUACAUGAAGAUGGAGUAUGCCCUAAAAGCCUGAUGACAUGAAUUUCAACAGAAUAACUUUUAACCAAAAGUGAUCAACAUCAAAAUGUUCUAGUGUGUUGUGUCUCUGUUAGCUUCUGAGUUAUCAUAUUUACAGACCAGAUUUAUGUUUAUGAUUCUUUUACCUUUAGGUCUAGUCUUUUAAGAUGUAGAGUCAGCCUGAAAUCAGACUGCUCUUUUAUUGUAAAAUACAUACUGUUUAUGAUAGCUUUCUUAUGACAACAGUAAAAAUUGAGUAGUUGCUAUAGUGACCAUGUAGCCCACAGAGUCUAAAAUGUUAGUAGGAAAAGUUUGUCAACUUCUGUUCUGCAAAAAAAAAAAGUGUGUGCCUUCAAUUUUAAGAGCAAAGGUGAUUUCUAAGGAUGGGAAGAGGCUAGGUAGAUUUAAACAAAAUCUGUCUUUUCUCAUUGGAGAAGCCUAUGUUGGAAAACUAAUUUAGAAAAAUUUUAAUAACAGAUGAAUGAAAUUUUAAAAAUGAAGAAGCCAUAAGUCAUUCAUUCUAAAUAGUUAUAUGAGAAAGUAUAUGGGUGAAUUAUCUUUAUUGAAUGUCUUUUAAAAGCACCAUUUAAGAUAGGUGUUUGUAGAUUAUUCUAAACAUUUGUUUAAUGAGAAAUAAUAUUAAUCACAUUUAAUUAGAAUAUUGUCCUGUAAUCCCUGAUAGAAAAUACUUUUAAGCUGGAUUUUCAGUAUAUGCACAUGAAGACUAACCAGUAAUAUUAACCAGAAUACAUUAGGGGCAUAAAGAUGACUAUGGUAUAUAUCAUCCAUAAUAAGUGGUAAAACCCCCCCCAUAAUUUUUAUUUUGCUUAGAAAUAAGAAUUAGGUUACAGGUACUGUUUUUGUUUGUUUGUUUUAUUUAUUUAACAUAUUUUUAGUACUCCAUGAAUUUUAGGAACUUCGGAGUACCUAGAUAAGUUUGACCUAGAUGAGUUUUUAGGUAGACCAUUGGUGGGGGAGUGAGGUGGAAUGAUAGUUCUCUUAGCUCUUAGCCACUUGGAAAUAAUUAAUCCUGACUUUUCCACUACUAAGCACUUAGUACUUGGCCAUCCUUAUUCUGAGUAGUAAUGUUUCAUAAAGUUACCAAAUAAACUCUGCUUGUCAUCACCCUUAAAUCAGCUUAACUUUUCUAGACUAAAGCAAAUGGUGUAUAUGGGUUUGUUUUAAAUCAAUAGAUUUGUAGAUAACAGCAAUAGCCCUUGUCAAUUCAUAAUAUCACAAAGUAUUUGUAUUUUUAAUAAGAGAUUGGAGUUGUAUGUUAAGGUUUUUAAUUUAUUUGUACCUUCAGCUUAAAGUAAAAUGGUUUUAAUGAUUAUCCCUUAUCUCCUUUCUUGAAAUAAGUUGUUAUGGAAACAUUUUUCAUAAUGAAGUCCAUCUUGAAAAAUUAGAAAUAGGAAGAUGGCAAGGUAUUUAUUAUUUUGUUUGCCAUACUUAAAAUUCAACAUUUAAACAAGUAUUUUUGUAGUUUUACAUCCCUUUUAAUCCAUUCAGUGGAGAAUUCCAACUUUUCUCCAAAGCUGUAUGUUAAAUCAGUUCUAACAUGUAUUCAGCAUCAAAGAUAAACAUGUAAUAAAUAUGAAAAUAAAGUUUAGCUCUGUUAGUGAAAUGUUAAA